UAUGCAGUAGAGACAACCGUGUGACACAAUCAACAAGAUACUUCUACUACGGACCCCAUUUGUUUUGCCCAUCAGAGUGAGAAGAAGGGAUUGAGACAGACGCAGGAAGCCAACAUGGACAUAUUCGGUGGUGCCCCCCGUGUACUGGGCUACUCGCGCCCCGUGGUGGCACAGUGUGGCACGGACGCCGUCCUGCAAUGCAAGAUCGGRGGCGACCCUCGUCCUGAGGUGGUCUGGGAGAAGAAGAAUGUACAGAUCCUGUCAGAGGGACGCUACAGGCUGUCGGAGGAGGGCUAAUUUUUCUUAUCACAAAGCAGUGAAUACAUUGCUGGAGACGCAGGCCAGUAUAUCUGCAAGGCCAGUAACACGUGGUGAGACGUCGCCCCUGCCACACUGAAGGUGGAGGAGAACAGUCAGGAGCGGAAGGGGACAGAAACAGACAGAGGUCAAUGGGUGCAGCAAACCAGGCUGGAGAAUGGAGAACCAACAGAGCGGAGAGGUAGAGAGGAGAAGGAAAAGGGAGGGAGUGAGCGGGAGAAAAAGAAGCAGCACUUUUGAAGGGUCAGACAACAGACCCACUUCCUCAUCAAGCCCCUCUCCUUGAGGGGGGACCGGGGCGAGGACGCAGCCUUCUCCUGUAAGCUGUCGGGCAACCCUCUGCCCCAGGUGGUGUGGGAGAAGGACGGGAAGAAGCUGAGCGACAUCUUCGAGAGCGCCCACUUCAACGUCAGCAGCCAGGACGGAGGCUGGUUCCAGCUGAAGAUCUUCCGGACGCGGAUGCCCGAGGGGUGUCUAACCUGCAGAGCCCAUAACAAUCAAGGAGGGGCGCUGGCGGGCGCAGUGCUGCUUGUGGAGCUCGUCCCGGAACGGCAGGAGAGCGGGGCGUCCACGUCAAAUGGUGCAGCAACGGGCAGACAUCACCUCACAGCCGACGAGCCCAAUCUGAACUCGUCCAAUGUGAAGAAAUCGGUUUUCGGAGGGAAACAUGCUAAGUUCCGCUGCUUCGUGACAGAACCUAAGCCUGAGAUCAUCUGGAAGAAAGACGGAGCGCCCCUAGAGGCUGGGAGGCGUCACCUUCUGUGAGACAGAGAGGGUUACUACACGCUCAAAGUGAUGUACUGUAAACAUCAGGACACAGGGCUGUACGUGUGUGCUGCGUCCAACGCUCUGGGACACACCCUCAGCUCAGUUUACCUGACGGUCAAAGCUCCAGCGGUGCGGUUCAGGKGGUCACUGCAAGACGUGGAGGUGAAAGAGAGAGGCAUGGCCGUGUUGGAGUGUGAGGUACCUAAUGAGGGCAUCCCUACUGCCUGGUACCUGGAGGACCAGAGACUGCAGCCAGGAGGUAAAUACGGCAUAGAGCAGAAAGGAACCAGGCGCAGGCUCACUAUCCGAGAUGUAGGAGCAGACGACGAUGGGGUCUAUCUCUGUGAGAUGCCUGAUGGAGGGAAGAGUAUCGCUGAGCUGGCCGUCAAAGGCACAAUUGUUAAAAAACUUCCUCGAAAACUAGACGUGUUGGAGGGGGAGAACGCAGUGUUCUGUGUGGAGGUAGAGGAGGAGAACAUGGAUGUCCACUGGUUCAAAGAUGGCCUGAAGCUACGCGAGAGCCACCAGACUAUCCUCAAGUCCUUUGGUAAAACCCACAUCCUGGUGUUCGUCAYCGUCUGCCACGGGGACACUGGGGUCGUGACCUUCGUUGUGGGAAGAUCCAAGACCWCAUCCCGGCUCAGAGUCAAAGCUGCCAGACACAGCCCUCCCAUCUGUCCAGUGGGGGUGGAGAUGGAUGUGGACAGGCCCAACAGCGUGCUCCUCUCCUGGGAGCCGGCCCCCACCAGCCAGACCACCACGCGCUCCGUCUAUGUCCUGGAGAGACAGGAAGUGGGAUCACAGGAGUGGCUGAGGUGUGCGACCUCCGACACGGCGACCUCCGCAGAGGUCAUGGGCGACAGCGUGCCGUGCGAGGGCGAUUACCGCUUCCGCGUCUGCUGCAUCAAUAAGUAUGGUCGUAGUGGACACGUGGAGUUCCCUAAAGUCGUCCAUCUUGUGCCAGGUCCCAAGAUKAGGACCCCUCUCCGGGGCUGUGAGGUGACGGAGGGGGAGGACGCCCUGUUCUCCAUCGAUCUGUCAGUGARGGUGACGGGCACCUGGUUCCUGAACAGCACCCAGCUACAGGAUACCCAACACUACUCUAUCCAACAGGCCAAGACACAGCACUCCCUGGUAAUCCACAGCACCAAGGUGGAAGACCACGAGGCAGAGGUCACCUUCAUCGCCAACGGAGUCAGAGACUCAGCGGUUCUCAAGGUUCAAGCUGCGGUGGUGAAGUUCAGCCCAAUGUCAGAGUCAGACAGUAACAAGAGGGUGGAGACUGGUAACCCUGUGGUCCUGUACUGUGAGGUGUCCCACCCCUCAGCCAGGGUGGGCUGGUUCAAGGAUGGGGUGGAGCUACAGGUGACAGACGGCCUCAACAUCCAAUCAGAAGYCAACAUGAGYAGGAUCGUUAUCCAAUCGGCUGAGUUCACCGACUCUGGCGUGUACACAUGCGAGACGAUGGGUGAUGUCAUCAAAUUCAACGUGGAGGUUGAAGGUCCCCCUGUGCAGUUCAGUGAGGUCCCUGAGGAGGAYCUCCAGAAGUCUGCCAUGGAGCUGGAUCCUGUGGUGCUCACCUGUGAGGUUUCCAGAGAGGACGCCAACGCUACCUGGUAUAAGGAUGGGGUUGAGGUCCAGGCCAGUGAUAACAUCACCAUACAAACAGAGGGCAACAUGAGGAGACUGAUCAUCCGUUGUGCUGAGACCGCAGACGCAGGAACCUACAGCUGGCAAUCAGGAGACAACAGCCUCUCAUUCACUGUCAACAUCAAAGAGCCUCCAGUGAUGAUCGUGGAGCCCAAGGAGGACGUGGUUAUGGAGGGUCAUAUCUCUGAGCAGGUGGUGCUGCAUGUGGAGCUGUCCCGCUCCAGCGGUGAGGUCCACUGGUUUAAGGACGGCCUUCAGGUCCUGGAGACGAAGAACGUCCAGCUGAUCCAGGGACCGUACAGGAGGCUGACCGUCCUCUGCGGCUCGCAAGAUUCCGGAGAGUACGUCUGCGACACGGAUGGAGACUCUGUGUUCUUCCAGGUCACCAUCACAGAGCUUCCGGUGCGAAUCGUCUCCCCCACUGAGUCUGAGCUGGAGCUGACCAGCCUGACCUCUGAGAGGCUGGAGCUCAGCUGUGAGAUCUCCCCAGCCUGAUGCCCAGGUACGGUGUACCGAACGGCGCUGGAGGUGGAGGAGAGUGCCUCUCUCAUCCUGGAGGUCCAGGGAGCCCACAGGACACUGGUCAUCCCCACGACCACUGUGGAGGACACAGGAGAGUAUGUGUGUGACACAGAGGAUGACUCGGUCACAUGGCUGGUCACUAUUACAGAGCCUCCUGUGAAGCUGGCSCGCUCUGAAACAAUGUCUGACGUAAUGGACUGUMUCUCUGGAGACCCCAUCGUCCUGGAGAUCGAGGUGUCACGGUUCAACGCUGAGGUGAUCUGGAUGAAGGAUGGAGGAGAGGUGGAGGAGAGCAGUGAUGUCACCAUCACUGAGGAUGGACUCAUCCGCCGCCUCACCAUCCGCACGCCCMCCCRGGGGGACUCUGGGAAAUACACCUGUCUUGCCUCAGAUGACCUCAUCGACUUCCAGGUCAAGGUGUCAGAGCCCCCAGUGAAGAURGUGAAUAGYUCAGAAGUCAAGACAGAGGUCAAGUCCCUGCCCUCUAAUGACAUCGAGUUGGAGUGUGAACUCUCCAGGGCCAAUGCCGUCGCUAAGUGGUACAAAGAUGGCCGCCGGUUAAARGAGGACGAGAGGUUCUGUGAGGAGGAAGAAGGGGCGUUCCGCUCCCUGGUGAUCCUUAACGCUGAGCUGGAAGAUUGCGGAGACUACUUCCUUGAUGCUGGAGAUGACAACAUCACUUUCCAUGUCACUGUGCAAGAGCCUCCAGUGACCAUCCUGGGGAACUCUGAGGACGCAGACUACCAGGAGAUGGUUGCCGGGGACGACCUGAUCCUGGCCUGUGAGGUGUCCCGGGCCAAUGCCCCUGUCCAGUGGUACUGUAACGACAGACAGCUGACUAGCGAUGACCGGACCUACAUCGAGAGCUACGGCACGCUGAGGAAACUCAUCCUCUCUGACAUCCUGCCCUCCGACUCUGGGAAGUACAUGUGUGAUGCUAUCGAUGACAAGAUGGUCACCAUGGUGAAGAUCCAAGACUCCCCCGUCACCUUCGUAGACAAACAGGCAGUGAACAUCAUCACGGGUUACGAGGCAGAGAGCGUGACGCUGAUGGGGGUCGUGUCUAAGGAGAACGCUCCCGUUCGCUGGCUCAAGGACUGGACGCKCGUCAUAGGGGACCGCUUCCACACGGGGGUCGACGGCGCCAACCGGUUCCUCACCAUUGACCCGCUGAGACGGUCGGACAGRGGAGAGUACACAGUAGACGCCAACACAGACGAGAUGCAUUUCAGUCUGCUAGUCAAAGAGAUGAGGGUGAAGUUUGCCAAGCCGCUCCACGACACCGUGGCCCAUGCGGACGGCAUGGUGACCAUACGCUGUGAGGUGUGUAAGCCRAAGGCGGACGUCCAGUGGCUGAAGGACGGCGUGGAGAUCGUCCCCAGCCGGAGGUUCACUAUCCGGGCCGACGGUGUGGAACGCAGCCUGACCAUCCACAGGCUGACCAGGGAGGACACGGGGGAGUACGCCUGCGAGUCCAAGGACGACCGCACCGCUGCCAGGCUCAGAGUUGAGAUGCCCCGCGUGGUAGAGUUCUUGACAGAGCUCCACAACACCAUGGUGUUAGAGGGAGAGGACGCCACCUUCAAGUGCGUGGUGUCGCCAGAGGACGUGCAGCUGGUGUGGGGGAUGGACGGCGAGCUCGUCGUCAUGGGUGCCCGUUUCCAGGCGACGCAGAACGGCCUGUGUCACACCCUGGUGAUCAAGAGCUGUCAGYUCCUGGACUCCUCUAAGAUCACAGUGGAGGCUGAGGGGAACGUGUCCAAGGCCACCCUCAAAGUACAGGAAGCUCAGGUGACCUUCACUAAGAAGAUGGAGGCGGUGAUGGCCGAGGAYUACGGAGACGCUACCAUGGAAACAGAGGUCAGUCUGGACACGGGCGAGGUCCAGUGGAUGAGGCAYGGUGUGGUCAUCCAGCCAGGACCCCGACACACCCUGGGCCAGAGRGGACGCAAACGCAGCCUGACCAUCUGCAACCUCAACCUCUCUGACCGCGGAACCUACKGCUGUGAAACCCUACACGACCGCACGCAGGUCAAACUCAACGUGGAGCCCCGUAAGAUCGCCAUCCGUAAGGGUCUGGCGGAGACGGACACGUUUGAGCGGGAGACGGCCUCCUUCGAGGUGGAGCUGUCUCACACUGGCGUGGAGGGCGUCUGGCAGAAGGACGGCAUCCGGGUCAAACCCAGCAACCACUGGCGGGUGAGCUGCAACGGYCUGGUCCACGGCCUCACCCUGUCCAACCUUACCCUGGAGGACACGGGCACCAUCGUCUUCUCUGCGGAGGGAGUCCGGACCUCUGCCAGGCUCACUGUCAAGGAGACUCCAGUGACUAUCAUGAAGAAGCUGAUAGACAUGAGACUGGAGCAGGGCUCUCCUGCCACAUUGGAGUGUGAGCUGUCCAGACAGAACGUGGAGGUCAGGUGGCUGAAGAAUGGGACAGAGCUGAAGCCAGGGAAGACCCAGUACCGUAUUUACUCCAUGGGGAGGAAGAGGUUCUGUCAGCUGCUGCAGUGUAGCCUCUCUGAUGCAGGCACCUACACCUGUGACGUAGGAGACGUCAAUACAUCCUGUAACCUGGAGGUCUAUGAGCCUGAACUGGAGGUGCUACAUGGGCUGGAGGACCUGUAUGUCCAGGAGGACCAGAAUGCUGUGUUCAUGUGUGAGGUGUCCAUGGAGGACGUGACCGGGGAGUGGUACAAGGAUGGACACAAGAUACGACCCACUAGCACCAUCAAGAUACGCACAGAGGGGACCAAACACUUCCUUCUCAUGUGCAGCGUUAAAGCUGAGGAUUCUGGGGAGAUCCGCUUUGUGACCAAACAGACAGAAUCAACAGCCUACCUAGAGGUGGAAGAGGCCCCCGUGUCUAUCGUGAAGCCUCUGAGAGACCGCACGGCUCUGGAGAAGCACCGCGUGAUUCUGGACUGCACCGUGUCCACGCCGCGCUGUGAACUCACAUGGUACAGAGGCAAGGCAGAGCUGGUGUCUUCUGAUAGGCUAGAGAUCCACAGUGACGGCUGCUACCAUAAAUUGACCAUCCACGAGGCAACUGUAGAGGAUGAGGGUACCUAUAGUAUAGAGGUUGGGGAGCACACCUCCACAGCCCAACUCCUGGUGGAAGCCCAGUCCCUGGUGAUAGAGACAGAGCUGGAGGAUGUGGCGGUGACAGCUCCUGACCAGGCCUGUUUCCAGUGUGAGGUGUCCGUGGCCAUCAGCAGGCCCCCAGUCUGGACUCUGAACGGAGAGACCAUCCYGUCCAGCCCUGAUGUCCGCUUAGAGAACCARGGAACCGUCCACAAACUGAACCUGAAACAGACCAGACCAGACAUGAGCGGGACGGUUACCUUCGCCAUGGGAAAGGCCAAGAGCAGCGCCAAACUGAACGUGAUGUGGAAGUAGAAGCAAGGGGGAGAGAAUGGGAAAUGUUGAUUCUGUUAUGAUCAGGAAUCAAAUGUCUGAGACUGUUUUAGGGUUUGAAGGUACUAUAUAAGAAUGRGGUCUAUCUGAUCUAGUAAAGCUGCAUGUAAUGAGRGAGACAGAAAAGUGGAARGUGYUGAUGAAAUGUGGUACUUAAGCCCCAAACAACUGUUUCAGGAUCAGUUUCGAUGUUUUACUCAAUGGUUGGGGUUAUGAGCAAAGCUGAUCUUCAGUCAGUUGUAAAGGGCAGAAAGUAACCUUGAAGAGAAAUGUUAAGAAGGGUGGAUUCCAGUCAAGUCGGUAUGCAACACUCGGGUGUCUGAAGGUGUAAUAAUGGUUUAUAAUGGUGGGUAUGAAUGCCUGUGUAGAUGGAUAUAAAGAAAUUGUACACAUCUGUUACACAUAUUUAUUUUGAAAAUAUAUUGAAUGGAAAUUAACAUUUUAAUUCUAUAAUUAAGUAAAAAAUAAAUUUUUUGAAGAUCUUAUAUUUUAACUACUAUCAUUAAAUACCGACACCCAUAGUUUGAAUGACGGGUUUUAUCCAAUAAAACCGUCAGACAAUAUCUUAGGAUAGAGCUUACAAAUAUAUUGUUACUUUUGAAUGUGCUUCGAUGUCAAAUCGUGGCUUUUUGUAUUGCUGAGGAUAGAGUGUCUGAACACACAAGCACCUGCAAUGUUUAUUGAAUUAUGUUGCAUUUAUGGAAGAUAUCAUAAUUAAACAGUUCAAUACAA